AUGUCGCUUAGCUUUCAACACGGUAGACUAAUAAGUGUCUUAGUUACAAGAAAAAUGACGACUCUAAGCGGCGUUGUUGCCGACUCGAUAAGGAUGAAAUUGGAGACCGCCUUACAAACAAAGCAUUUAGAGGUGAUAAAUGAGUCAUAUAUGCACAACGUACCCAAGGGCGCCGAAACUCAUUUCAAGGUCGUCGUUGUUUCUGAUAAAUUUGAUGGUUUACCUCUGAUUAAGAGGCAUAGAUUAAUAAAUGAUAUACUCCGAGAAGAGCUGCAGGGUGGUGUCCAUGCAUUAUCCAUAAUUGCUAAAACCCCCGAACAAUGGGAUAAGAGUGAUAAGAUUAUUGAGAGUAGCCCUAACUGUAGAGGAGGUUUUGGGAAGUAA